AUGUUUACACAGCAACGAGUUGGGAAGUCCUCAUUCGAGUUGCGAGGUCAGAGAGUUGCGAUUAAGAGAAUCGAGAAGAGCAAAUGUUUAGACGAAGGUACUGAGUAUGACACCAGUACGGUUUUUGGUUACGCUAUAACGAAGGGUUUACGAGGACAAGAUGCUUAG